GUCUCCACCUCAGUUUCUACAGUCAGACUUUCACUCAUCAGCCUUCAUAUUCAUGUGAUUUUCUUGUUUAUAGCAGCAGCAGCAAAGGGUGCCCAUGUUACCGAGAUUAGUCAUGGAGGAAGCGCAGCGAAUCGAUCUGACCUACAUCACUGAACGCAUCAUCACCAUAUUCUGCCCCUCUGAGUGUCCGGAGCAGAUCUACCUGCAGAACCUGCAUGAGAUUAUCCUCAUGCUGCAGUCCAAACAUGGACACCACUACAUGCUCAUCAACCUCUCACAGAAGAAUGACACUCUCACCCGAAUGAACCUCAAGGUAUUGGACACAGGUUGGGUGCAUCUCUUGGCUCCUAAUCUGGAUCAUAUCUUCAAUGUGUGCACGACAAUGAAGAACUGGCUGCAAACGCAUCCGAAGCACGUCCUGGUGUUUCACUGCAGGGGAGGCAGAGGGCGGCUCGGAGUUCUGCUGGCUUCUUACAUCCACUUCAGCAACAUGUCAGCCAGUGCAGACCUUUCUCUCGACCACUUUGCCAUGAGGAGGUUCUACAAUGACAAGCUGUCCGCUCUGAUGACCCCCUCGCAAAAACGGUAUGUGUGGAUGCUGGGCAGCAUGUUAAAGGGAGGACUGAAGAUGUGUCCCUCUCCGUCUUUCCUCCUUUGUGUUGUUCUUCACGGUCUUCCCAAAAUAAGACCAGAUGGAGCAUGUUGCCUCUUCCUCAGAGUCUACCAGAGUCUACAAGCUGUUUGCACAUCAGCAGUCUACCAUGUCAAUGCAGCCCAGACAGGCCGCCUCUACUUUGUGCUCCAGCCGGCUCAGCUGCUCAAAGGGGACAUCAUGGUGGUGUGUUAUGAUAAAAACAGCCGGUCAGCCAGCCGGCAGGUCGUCUUCCGUCUCCAGUUUCAUACAGGUCUCGUACACGGACACAACCUCACCUUCUGUAAGGCGGAGCUCGACUGUGCCAGUGAAGAUCCACGGUUCCCAGAAGAUGGAAAAGUAGAGUUGUUACUUUCUGACAGCCCUGAGAAGAUUACAGGCAGAGAGCUGUGGCACAACGGCCACUGCGUGACGGUGGACUAUGACACCCUGGACCCUUUGGUCAGACGAGAUUCAUAUGGAGACGCGUCUUUGUGUGAAACAGCUCCACCUCAUGUCCCUGACCCUGGAAAUGGCAGCUUGUACAGAGUGAGGACAAAGAAUAAAGAGGAAGGAGCUUCAUUCCAUCCAAGCGUCAGCAGCCCCGGCUGCAGUGAGCGAGCACCGUCUGCCAGCAGUGACUCAGGUCUGUCUGUUACCUCACAGGGGCGGACCGGAGCCGGACAGAGGAGAGGGGCUGCACGGGACAAGAGUGCCCUGGCAGGGAGGCUGCUCCCUGGGGUGGACUUUGAGAUUGCUCAGCCUCUACUGGAGGUCAUGACUGAGCUUGCUGCAUCCAGUGGAGGGGAGGGGGAGAUGACUGGAGAUGAGUCUGGACUGGGACACACCAUCAAUGGAGAGGCUUCGUCCAGCGAGAGGGAAACUGAUAUAUUAGAUGAUGAGGAUGAGGUAGAUGGUGUAGCAGCUAUUCCUUCAGACCUACCGAGCUCGAGCAGUAUCUGCUCCCUGUCCUCUGAAAACCUGCCUGAAACGCAGAGAUUAGCCCACACUGAGUACUCCACACACUCCUGGGUGCAGCAGCAGCAGAUGGUUGAUGUUGUCACUGAUAUCCACCUUCAAUCUGAUGGGGAGGAGAGGCUGAACAGGGUGAGGAAACAGAGGCCGCCACCUCUGACAGCUCCUGACACGCCAACUCGAGGACUGAGUAGCAGGGAAGCGGUGCAGAGAGGGCUGGUGGACGAGGACGGCACACAGAAUGCUGCAGAUUUUCCGCACAACGUACAGUCUGGUGAUAUGACACACACAUCGUCUUGCCAAGAGGAGGAUUUGUCAUCGUUAACCACAGACAUUGACGAGUCCAUAGAGCAGCUUAACCAGCUGAUUCUGGAUCUGGACCCCACCUUUGUUCCCGUUCCUACCCGCUGUGCCCCCCUGACUCGCUCCGCCUCCCUGCACACCAACGGCCUCAGCCACAAGGGAAAUACCCAUAAGUCAGGUUGGAAGCAGCAGAUGCAGGUCAGUGAUGUGACCGACUACGCUGGUCUCCAUAGUCCAGGAUGGAGAGGGGGUGGUGCUCAGAGCUUCAGAGGCUCUCCAGCCUAUAGUCCCUCCUUCUCACCAUCUCAGCAUGGGCAUCUCUACAAAACCAACAGCGUGGACUAUCGAAGACACACAGAUAGCUCGGACAUCGUCCCUCCCACUCCGGCCUUCCCCGUGUCUCCUCCGACGCCCUAUGUGAAAAAUUUCUCAGAGUUUUCUCAGCUCAGGACUGAUGGGCAGUGGGACCAACACAGCUGGACAAAAGAUUCCCGGAGUUUCCUAGACAGCAUGAACCACGCUGGCGGCUCCACAGAGGGAGAACUGUUCAGAUCAGAAGUGUCGGUCACUCCUGCUUCCUGUCAGAGGAUCUUUGGCUCCAUGUGCUCCAUGUCAUCAGACAGCCCCCUCCCUCACACAGACAGCUCCACUCCGCCCCCUGUGUGGCACGACCGGACUCCAAACUCCCUGAACUCCCCGUAUCCCCCCCAGCCCUCACCUCCUCUUUCCCUCAACACUCCCAAUGCCCACAGCUCUCCCCGGGGGGCUCUGAGAGGCCUGGGUGGAGGUGUGGGGGACCGCAGAGAGACAGACAGCACAGACUUGUCCUCGUUGUUAUUGGGGAAUGGUGGCCUGGAGCACAGCCUGCUGGAAGCCAUGGAGGGCCUUGGGAGUCUGAACCUCGGGGGAGACGGGGGCCUCCCUCCACUGCUGCCUGAGAAGAGGAGAGGGGUUGAGGUGGGAGAGCUUGGCUCCCGCUCCCCCUCUUUAAGUGGGUUUUCAAGCCCUCACAGUGGCAGCAGUAUCAGCAUCCCUUUCUCAUCCUCCAUGACCCCCGACCCUCUCAGAGGACUCAGUGGGGCCCCGUCGCCCGGAGCAGACUUUGGCAGUAAGCAAGACACUGUGAAGUUUGUUCAGGACACGUCCAAGUUCUGGUACAAGCCCGACAUCUCUAGAGACCAAGCCAUCGCAGUGCUGAAGGACAAAGAGCCCGGCUCCUUCAUUGUCAGAGACAGUCAUUCAUUUCGUGGGGCGUAUGGAUUGGCUAUGAAGGUGGCUACGCCUCCUCCGUCUGUGAUACAACAGAGUAAGAAAGUAGGGGACCUGUCCAAUGAGCUGGUCAGACACUUCCUGAUAGAGUGCACGCAGAAAGGAGUUCGUCUCAAGGGCUGCCCCAACGAGCCAUACUUUGGAAGUCUCACAGCUCUGGUGUGUCAGCACUCCAUCACCCCGCUAGCUCUGCCCUGUAAACUCAUCCUGCCUGACAGAGACCCAGUGGAGGAACUGAAUGACUCGUCUGCACAGACGGCAACAAACUCAGCAGCUGAGCUCCUCAAACAGGGAGCAGCGUGUAAUGUGUGGUACCUGGGCUCUGUCGAGCUGGAGUCUUUAACGGGACAUCAGGCGGUUCAGAAGGCGACCACGCAGACGCUCUCUAUGGACCCCCCACCGGCGUGCACCGUCGUCCACUUCAAAGUGUCGGCACAGGGAAUCACGCUCACUGACAACCAGAGAAAGUUGUUCUUCAGGAGACACUACGCUGUCAACACUGUCAUCUUCUGUUCUCUGGACCCACAGGGCAGGAAAUGGACAAGAGGCAGCGGGUCUACUGCAAAGAUCUUUGGAUUUGUAGCCAGGAAAUCACAGAGUGAGACUGAAAACAUGUGCCAUCUGUUUGCUGAGCAUGACCCCGAGCAGCCGGCAAGCGCUAUCGUCAACUUUGUCUCAAAAGUCAUGAUUGGGUCACAUAAGAAGUAAGGAGAAACAGACUCAAUGCAGAAUAAAGAAAAUGGAUGGCGGAUCAACUUCCAACCCCAACAUCAACAACUUGCUCUCCCAAGAGCCAAAAACUAUUUCCCACACACUCCAGCACCCAGUUGUGUGCUCUAUCCUGCAAAAUAAACUUGUGUAUUUUGUACUGACUGCACUGCAGGAUGCAGCCAUCAGAGGGAGCCCAGACUGUCACGUAUAAAGUUAAACUUCUCAGCAGGAGGCUGAAACUACUUAAAGAUGCAUCCUUGGGCUUUUUGGGGUUUUUUAAAUAAAAUUUUUAUAAAAUCCUAAUCACUUUUUCUGGAGAAUUUAGAGAGAAAAUCAGAUUUUGACCACCAGAUUUUGACCUUAAACUGACCUGUAUGUUCAAACUUACCCUAAAUAUACCAUAUUACACUUUGACUUUGCCUGUUGCUAGUGGUCACAGCCGAAAAAUACAACAUAUUUACUCUGAUUCAAACUGGAGAAUAUCUAAAAUUCUGAACAUGAACUCAUAUUUUAAAGCAUAAUUUCAAAAACUUCUGUUUUCAGUAAAAAUGUGCAAAUCAGGUUCAACAUUUCUUUUGUGCAAAAUACAGGUGCAUUUUUAUGAGUGAAAACAAAAUCUACAAUGUUGUCACAUAACAAAGCCAAUGAUGUGGUUGCCUUGUACUUAAGAUGGAUUUAUUGUGUUGUGUUUAUAGUAUUUAUCCCUUUUUACAGAUGUGUAAAAGUCUUUCUUUUUCCCAAAUAUACUUGUCAUAUAUUUUUGUAUAUUAACAUACUGUACAUUAGGAUUAAAGGCAGUGAACCUCAGAAACUGUACAAUUAUGUCACAUGUUGUUGUAGUAUUUCACAUACCAGAUACCACAUAAACUGCCCAUGUAUAUGUGUUGUAUUACUAAUAUAGAUGUCAAUAUGUUCCUUUUACAGUAACUUCAAUACAGAUUGAUGUACAGUUAACGUGUCAUGAAUACGUCAUUCUGAUUUGCUCUGAAAAGAUAUUAAAUACAGUCACUGUAAGAGAUGUCAAACUUUCAGUCUAGAUAAGCAUUCUUUUCCAUUCCCAGCUCCUCUCCUCUAGUCAUUAAAGUCAUGUUGUUUCAUUGAUUUGUAAAUGAGCAUUGAUCAGUUAGAGAUAUCUCUAAUUCUGACGUCUUAUUAAAGCUUUGGUGCGCCAACGUCCCAAAACAAAAAAUAA